ACUGAUACUGGUUCCCUCUUGCAUCAGCACCAUUUCUGGUACAGAGAGAGAGAGAGAGAGAGAGAGGGAGAGCGCGCGCGAGAGAGAGACCCAACCCCACCGGAACGUAGAGGCGUCAAACGGCCGUCAGAACAUCCCGGUUACGCACCGCUCAUACACCCCGUCGCCAGAGAGCCAGACGCAGCUGAAGGAGCACGGAGCUCAGCCGGGACCUCGGUCAGUGUCACAGCUACAGUCAGUGAUGGAGAGCCUGCUGGAUAAUCCCAUGAAAGCCGUUCUGUACCUGAAGGAGCUCACCACCAUCGUCCAGAACCAGCAGAGCCUGAUCCAGACGCAGCGCCAGCGCAUCGACGAGCUCGAGCGGAAGGUGGAGGAUCUGAUCGGCGAGAACCGACUCUUGCGGGACCCCCACCACUACGUCCAGCAGCCCGCUCAGCAGCAGCAGCAGCCGCAUCAACAUCAGCAGCAGCAGCAGCAGCCGCAGCCGCAGCAGCAGCAACAUCACCACCAUCACCACCCCGCAGCGACUCACCGCAGCGUCAGCCCGCAGGCGCCGGCCCACCUCCACCAGCACCCGGGGAGCAACAAGGCUGCGGCUCACUUCGGCCACCAGGCGCAGCAUCAGCAGCAGCAUCAGCAGCAGCAGCAGCAUCAGCACCAGUAUCAUCAUCAGCAUCAGCAGCAGCAGCAGCAGCAGAUUCCAGGUCGAUCGGCCCACACUCCUCCCGCACCUUCCUCCCACCACCCGCAGCAGCUGCAGCUCGUCCCCACCUCGCCGCAGUCGCCCAAAACGAGCCAGACCAGCCCGGACUCCGCCGAGGAGGACAAGAGAAGCCCCUGCUGCAAGUCCUUGGUUCCGCAGGCUCCCACCACUCUGUGCCGCUCAGUUGGACUGGCCAGGAAAGCGGAAAACCAAACAGUUCUGCACCAGUUCUGCUGCCCGGCCCCAGAGGCUCCUGAGGGGGAGACAUCGACCACGUGUGUCCCCAGCGAUGACCUUCCUCUAGGAUCGUCUUUGGGGGAGGAAGGGAAGGGAGGAGAGGGGCAGCUGCAGAGUGAGGUCCAGUCACAGCCAGAACCAGAACCAGAACCAGAGCCACAACCCGAACCAGAACCAGAACCAGAGCCACAGCCACAGCAGCAAGAGCCUCAGCCACAGACUCACCCGCCACAGCCGGAGCCCCAACCACAGUCACAGCCUCAACCUGAAAGCAAACCUCAGCCACAUCUCGAACCCAAACCACCAGAGCCCGAACCUCAGCCGCAUGUCGAGGCUCCGAGCGACGACACUGCUGCACAGGACACCACUGAAGCCCCGCCCCCGUCACCUCCGCCGCCUCGCAGCGAGGAGCCACCAGCGGCUGAGCAAGAGGAUCACAAGUCGGAAGAUGUCGCGGAGGCAAAGCGGAAGCCGGACGCAGCUGAGGAGGCCGAGCAGCCGGAGGUUGAGGCAGCGCAAGAGGAAGAGGAUGAGGAAGGGGGAGGAGCUAAAGGAGGUGGGGCUGGGAGGAGAGCCAGCCUGCACCACACAGCAUCACCCUUGAGGGUGCAGCGCAAUGGGGCCGGCUCGCACUCAGCCACCUCCGACUAUGAGCUCUCGCUUGACCUCAAAAAUAAGCAGAUCGAAAUGUUAGAGCACAAGUACGGCGGCCACCUCAUCUCCCGCCGCGCUGCCUGCAAGAUCCAGACUGCCUUCCGCCAGUACCAGCUUAGCAAGAACUUCGAGAAGAUCCGCAACUCGCUGCUGGAAAGUCGCCUGCCUCGACGCAUUUCCCUCCGCAAAGUCCGCGUGCAAAACACGGAGGGUUUCUCCGCUGAACGGGCGCUGGCAGAAGGCUGUAACCUGGCAGGCAUCCCUUUGGUGCGUUCACCAUCUCUGCCUGCCACAGUUGGUGGCACCUUGACGGACCUGGAAGACUCAUUCACAGAACAGGUCCAGUCACUGGCAAAGUCCAUAGAUGAUGCACUCAGCAACUGGAGCCUGAAGACCAUGUGUUCACUGCAAGAGGGCGGCACUUAUCAGUUCACUGCCGAUUCCUUCAGGAGAGCAGGGGUAGGCGAUGGAGGAGAAGGAGGCGGCGGUGGUGGUGUGGGAGAGUCGGCAAUGACUCAAGGCCCUGCGGACCCAAGUGACCUGUCAAGGAGCGCGAGCAAGCUGAUGAUGGCGUUUCGAGACGUGACGGUAAAGAUCGACAGCCAGAACUUCAGCGUUUCAUCCUCAGUCCUGGAAUCUUCCACUUCUGUCACUCUCGGCAGCUGCGUCCAACAAGAUGGAGCUGCCACCACUGUCACAGCCACUUCCAUGACAACAACCACCCCACCGGUCUCUGGCCCUUCACAAGAACCGCCUCCACCACCUGCAGAUGUCCCAGCUGAAUCUAUAGAUCCCCCACCGCCACCCCAAGAACCCCCUCCACCGCCAGAAUUAGAGAUAGAAGAAUGUGAACAGGAUAUUGAAUUCCCUGCUCCUCCUCCAAGCGAAGAAGAGCUAGGGGAGGAAGAGCAAACUCCCCUUACCCCUCUGGAAAAAAUGGCUGCCUCUCAAACCCAGGAGAAAUUCAUGGUGGUGGCACCACCACCACCCCGAGAACCCCCCCAAGCUCCUCCACUACAGGAAACUCUAACAUUGGGGAGCUCUCCCGCAGUAGAGUCCCUGGGGGUGAAGAGAUGUGGCUCCGAGAUGGCAGACAACAGUUCGGAGCAGAUGAGUAGCAGCAGCGCGUCCACAGAGGCACGCUCCACAUCCGAAGCCUCCACCAAGGAGGCCCUGCAGGCCAUGAUCCUCAGCCUACCACGUUACCACUGUGAAAACCCUGCCAGCUGCAAGUCACCCACGCUGUCCACUGAUGUCAUGCGAAAGCGCCUCUACCGCAUCGGCCUCAACCUCUUCAAUGUAAACCCGGACAAGGGUCUUCAGUUCCUGAUCUCGCGAGGCUUCAUCCCGGACACGCCCAUCGGCGUGGCGCACUUCCUGCUACAGAGGAAGGGACUGAGUCGGCAGAUGAUCGGCGAGUUCCUUGGCAACAGCAAGAAGCCCUUCAACAGAGAUGUACUGGACUGUGUUGUGGACGAGAUGGACUUUUCCGGCAUGGAGCUGGACGAGGCACUGAGGAAGUUUCAGGCCCACAUUCGGGUCCAGGGAGAAGCCCAGAAGGUGGAACGUCUUAUCGAGGCCUUCAGCCAGCGCUACUGCAUGUGUAACCCCGAUGUGGUGCAGCAGUUUCACAACCCGGACACCAUCUUCAUCCUGGCCUUCGCCAUCAUUCUGCUCAACACCGACAUGUACAGUCCCAACAUCAAACCGGACCGCAAAAUGUUGUUAGAGGACUUCAUACGCAACCUGCGAGGUGUGGACGAUGGAGCAGAUAUCCCCAGAGACAUGGUGGUGGGCAUCUACGAAAGAAUACAACUGAGGGAGUUGCGCUCCAACGAAGACCACGUCACCUACGUCUCCAAGGUGGAGCAGUCCAUUGUGGGCAUGAAAACGGUCCUCUCUGUCCCUCACAGAAGACUGGUGUGCUGUAGUCGACUUUUCGAAGUGAUCGACGUCAACAAGGCCCAAAAGCAGGCGGCACACCAGAGAGAAGUCUUCCUCUUCAAUGAUCUGAUUGUGAUCUUGAAGCUCUGUCCAAAGAAGAAGAGUCCUGCGGCCUACACGUUCUGCAAAGCCAUGGGUCUGCUUGGCAUGCAGUUCCACCUUUUUGAAAAUGAAUACUAUCCUCAUGGCAUCACCAUCCUCUCACCUUUCGGCUCCGACAAGAAGCAAGUGCUUCACUUCUGCGCCCAGAGCGCGGAGGAGCUGCUCAAGUUCGUGGAAGACUUGAAGGAGUCGAUCGCAGAAGUGUCAGAGAUGGAGCAGAUACGCAUCGAGUGGGAGCUGGAAAAGCAGCAGGGAGCCAAGACACACUCGGUAAAGAACAACGGCACACAGCUCGAGCUGCGUGGCAAACAGGGCUCCCCAUCAGGAAACCCGGAGAUAGACAGUGGAAGCGGACACAACGCAGUGGAGGUGUCAAUUCACAACAGGCUUCAGACGCACCAGCUCAGCAGCAGCAGCAGCAGCAGCAGCACGGCUCAGAGUCCCGAGAGCGCGGCCCUUCCUAACCACCGGGGAGAGCUGCUCUUCCAGCAGGGGCCCCUGGGGCUACUCCAGGGGCCGGCGCCGCUACCACCACCAACCCAGCACCCGUGGCUGCAGUCGGCGGCGAGCACCCCCGCCCACCACCACCUCCACCUCCUCCAGCAGCAGCACCAGACCGCCGUCAGCGUGGCCGACCUACGGCCCGAGACGCUCAUCCAGUGUCAGCAGAUCGUCAAAGUCAUCAUGCUCGACGACGACGGCGGCGGCGGCGGCCACGGGCGCAUAGAGGCCUUCCUCAAACAGACACCCGCGCACCACCUGUACCAGCAGCACCACCACCACCACCGCCACAGCCAUCGCCAGAUCAGUCAGUCGGCCAUGUCCACGCCGGUGCGCUCGCCGGACGGCUACCACGGCGGCGAGGGCCACCAGCCCCCGCUGCCUCCCCCGCCUCCGCCUUACCACCAUCCACACCAGUACAUACCACCAGACCCCCGCCUCAGUCUACACCGGACCCCCAGUGACUCUCAGAGCAUGGUGUAAAUAGAUUAGUUAGUAUUAUUUCCCUAAAACACACACACACACACACACACACACACACACUUCACAACUUCCUUUCUCUAUUUAACAGUACAUAAUGUACAUAUAUAUAUAUAUACAUAAAUAUAUAUAUAUACAUAAAGAGAUAUAAUAAAAAGAAAUGAAUCACUUAUAUGCAUAUAUUUAGGAGGGGAAAAAAUGAAUUAACUCAACGAUUUUAAAAGAUAUAGGGAGAAAUUAAAAAAAGGAAAAAAAAAAAAAGGUUUUACUUGAUUCCACAUGUAUUUUGAAAUAUUACAUAGUUUUAACAAAUUUCUAUAACUUUUUUGUCAGUUUUAAUCGUCCCUUUAGAGAGAAAACAUACACACUUUCUGGAUGGAUUCCUCGUAGUUGCGGUAUUAGACCACGCGAGCAACAGAAACACCUGAAGCCCUCACGACUCUCCCUGUCUCUCCCUGUCUCUCUCUCUCUCUUGACCUCUUGACCUCUGUUCACUCUUCACAUCCCCAAAGCUCAUGGCUACUGUGUUUGUAUGUGCGCAAGCGGUGCAUAGCUGACCCUUUUAAAUGAAAAAAAAAAAAGUACAUAUAUAUAUAUAUAUAUUAUAUAUAUAUAUCUCAUGUGCCAAGAUACAUACGCCUCCUGUGAAAACACUUCUUUGCACUUGAAUAAAAGCUUGGACGAGAAGAAAAGACAGAAAAUAGCUUUGCUUCGUGACAAUAGUCGCCUCUCACUCGAGGAGCGUGAACUGAUAGUUCAUUUAAAAAAAUUAUAAUAAUGAUAAUAAUAAUGCUAUUUUCUCCAUUUGCACUCUUGCUGAUUUAUUUAUGCGAUGGAAAACAUUUUGGCUUCUUCUCUGCUCCCCUGGAUUAAGAAAAAAAAAAGCAAAAAUCCUCCAGUAAGCUGUUUCUCACCCGCUCUCAUCAGAAAACACUCAAAGUGAAGGAUGAUGGGAAACAACGGCAGCGAAUCAUUGCUGUUGAUGUUCAUCUAACAUGUCUCCACACCUGACAGUUGUUUUUUCUCCCCCUGCUUGUAUUGUGUGUACAGCACAUGUUUGCUCUCAUGUGUUCUUCGCUCUUUUGCAGGAAAUUGCUGCCAACAAGUGUUAAAAUGUCAAGAUUUGUGUUUGUUUUAACAUCAUAAUAUUCUAAAUGUAUGCAUUUCCCGCGUCUCUUCAUGUCGGUUCAAGGGCUGUCACCCCCCAAAAUAAAAAUCAAAAUUUGAAAGAAUAUGAUAUUCAGAUAUUCCACCCCCGUUCGGCAAGAGCACGAGACACUAUGGCAGAGGUAAGACGAUCGCGAGCUGGUUUGUAUAGAGGGGAACUAACGAGCUGCAGGUGAGGAGAAGGGGGCGUGGAAGAACAGGUGAGGGGAACGAGCUGAUUGCUUAGGAGGGCGGGAUCUGAAAUUUGUUCUCUGUUGGGAGUUCUCACAGUCUGAUGUUCUCUUCUGUCGUGUAGAAUAAGAUUUUGACACACAUUUUGGCAAAUUUUGAUCGAAUUUGGAUGAAUUGUUCAGCCGUACAUGACUUCAGACUUCAGGUCUGAUGUGCUUCUAGGCUGUAUUGUCUUGAAGUUAUGGAUUAAAAAGUGACGGCCCUUGUCUGUACAUGUCCCGGGUUUAGUUUCACACACACAGCUUGUAAGACUUUUGCAAAUAGUGACAUCACUGGUAUUUUGUGCUGCUUUUUAAUCUGAAUGACAUAAUCUGAUCUAUUGUGUAGAUUGUGAAUACCACAUUCAAGUAAGCGUCAGGAAGCCCUUGUUUGAAGCCCUGUCACAGGUCACAUGUCCCUUUCUUAACCAGAAUAUUCCGCUUAACGCUUCUCCUGUGUGACCGCUUUGAUUUCUAACUCCACAGCCACUGUGGGGAUUCCUCCUCUAUCUCAUCUCUCUGUCCUUUUCUUCUUCACCUUUAUUUCCCCCCAUCAACAAAUCCAAUCUCACCUCUUUUUCACUACACAGUACGAGAAGAAUUAGUGCUGGAGAGCUUUUUUUAAUUACGGCAAUUUUCCAUAUUUUCGAACACCAAACAUCCUUGUGUUCUACUCUUAUACAUAUAUAUAUAUCUAUAUAUAGAUAUAGAUAUAUUCUUUUCACGGACUGCGUGUUUGCUCAUUUUGUUUGUUCAGAUCAACGUUUAGAUAUGAGGUUGUUUGUUUCUCAUGCAUGACAUUUUGUUCGGAGGAUUUUGAACCUUUCUCCCAAAUCCGUCUUGUUUUUUUGUGGGUUUUUUCCCCGUGCAUGGAUUUGCUGCGAGCGCACAAGCCCGAGAUGAAGAUGCCAAAAUAAUGAAAAAAAACGAUGAUGAUGAUGAUGAUAUGAAAAAUAUUUGUUUGUAAUCGAAAACACCACUGGUGGCAAAUUUGACGGCCUUUUUCCCUCCCCCACAGCAUUCUGUCUUUCACUGCUACCCUUUGUAUGACUGCACAGUUUUUUUCCUCCUUGACGAUGUGUUGAAGCAUUUUGUGAGAGAUAAAAUCACAGCGUUUGUGUUUGAAGGGAAAUAAAUGUAGCAUUUCUGGUCGUUUGAUGCCACCGUGAAGUAGUGACUGACUUUCACUGAGAAACUGACUUUAAGGGCUCCGCCAUAACCAGUGCACUGCUUCAUGAAUGAUCUUGUCCGGCUUGUCAACACUGUGUUUGCUCAUUAUUGUUUGAAAGUGUUGCGGAAAAAAUGUGGACUUUUUACAGAACUGAGAGUAUAACAGAUCAAUCAUCUCCCCCUUAGUUGACUUUGAAUCCCCUCUCUUACCUGUAUAUCUACAUGCUAUUAAAGAUGAUUUAAGUCUA